AUGCCGCGCGCAUCCUCGCCCGCCCUCGCCGCGCGGCGCAGCUCGAAUCCCUCAACUUCGACUUCGGCCCUCUCAACCAUCCUCAACCAUUCGAUCCCGCCCUUCUACGCGUGCUACCUGCUCAAAUCGUACAAUGUCAAGCGACCGCACAUGACCUACAUCGGAAGCACGCCUGACCCGCCGAGGAGGUUCAAGCAGCAUAUGGGCGACAGGAUCGGAGGAGCUAUCAAGACUCGCUUCGGCCGGCCAUGGGAGAUGGAAGCGAUCGUGCACGGCUUCCCUUCCAAGCUCCAAGCCCUGCAGUUCGAAUGGUGUUGGCAGAACCCCGAAUCCUCGCGUCUCCUACGCCGACCCGCCCCUCCUCCCGACCCCGACGCCGACCCCAACUCUUCCCUCGCGCCCAAAAAGCGCAAGACUACGUCUACCGCCCCUCCCAAGACCGUCCCUCAGUUUCCCCGAAGGGCGCUCAGUCACCGAGCGCUCGCGAGGAUCCAGGUCCUCCAGUAUAUGCUCACCGUCCCGCCUUGGUCGCGCUUCGACCUCUCCGUCACGCUGUUCUCGGAACAGGCGAGGGAGUGGUGGGAUCAGGGAAGGCGGAUGGGACCGGUUGUGAGGACUGAGGCGGAGGCGAAGAAGUGGGAGAAGCAGCGGCAGGAAGAUGAGGAUGCGUGGGGCGUUGAGAAGGGGAGUAAGCUGGACAGCGUCAAGGUGCACUAUAGGGAGGAAGGGGUCGAUGGGGAGAGGCUCGUCAGGCAGGGCAAGCAGAAGGAGGGUGACGGUAGCGAGCGGAUGCGGGUCGACGACGACGACUUCUUCCACUUCCAUUGGGACAAGUUCCUCUCCCUCACUACCUCAAACGACUCGCCAAACUGCUACAUCUGCCGCAAACCCAUCGACACCGAGGACCACCUCUCCUUCCAUCUCUGUACCGCCCCCCCUUCAGCUCCCGCCUCCCCACCGUGCCUCGCAACCUUCCACCCUCUCUGCCUCUCCGCACACUUCCUCUCGACCGCCUCCUCUCCCUCCUCCUCGACCUCGACAGCCCCGCUCCUCCCAACAACUUCGUCAUGCCCCUCUUGUCUGUCCGACUUGCACUGGACCGAUCUGGUGCGCGGGAUGUACAGGCGGAAAGAGGAGAGUGAGGGGAGGAGGAAGAAGAGGGUUAGGCAGAUGGUUAGGAAGGGGACCCGCGUUGAGGAGGAUGGGGGCAUCGAGGGUGAGGAAGACGAGGAGGUCGAAGGCGGGAAGAAGGCGUCUCCGAAGAAGCGCGGGCGGAAGAAGAAGGUUGCUGAGGCGGGCGAUGCAGGGGAGCCGGUGAAGAAGCCGAGGGCGAAGGCGGGCGUGAAGGGCAAGAAGGCUUCGGCGAAGACGGCAGCAAGCAAGAAGGGCAAGGGGAAAGGCAAGGCCGCGACGCCCGCCUCUUCCGAUGCCGGCGAAGAGUUCUACUUCUCUGACUUGCCCUCAGACGCGGACCUCGAUGCGGAGGACGGGGGAGCUGCACGUGACGAGGACGUCGGGUUCGACUUUGACGAGGACGACUCGGACGUCGAGCGCUCUUUCGUCCGGAUGGACGCGGCGUUCGACGCAAACCUCGGGGACGAAGCGCUCUUCUCGGACGACCAGGAGGACGGCGACCUCGACUUGCAAGAAGCCAUCGCAGCAUUCGAGCCGGCCAAGCAGACGAAGAAGCCUCGCGCGAAGAAGACGGCUUUGUCGCCUGUACCUGCGUCACCGAAGCGACGCGGUCGACCGCCGAAGGCUACGUCCGCUACGGUUGCCGCCCUCUCCGAUGACCCGCCUUCACCACCGAAGAAGCGACGCACCAAGGCUACGACUUCCAGCUCCUCGGCAACUCUUCUCGCCUCCUUCUCCACUACUAAAGCAUCCGCCGCCGCCACGAAGCUGAAGGGACGAAAGGCGAAGAGUGCGUCGCUGAGCCUGAGUGAGUCGGAAGAAGAGUUACCGCCACCAGCUGCGCUAGGCAAGGCGGCUGCGAAGAGGGCGGCGUCUCCGAAGGCGAGGAAGAAGAAGGCGGUUGAGUACGUCGAGUUGUCUGAUUGA